AUGACGACUUCUAGGAGUACUUUAAAAAAAAUAACGGAAAGAGAGCGAAUGGAAAUUUACGUCUGGAUCGACCGGUUGAACCUGCAAUCGAAACCGAAGAAGCACUUCGCGAGAGACUUCUCGGACGGGGUGUUAUGCGCGGAGAUUUUAAUGAAAACUACGUGUUCCUCCUCCUCCUCUUCUUUCAGUCGUCGUUCGAAUACUGCGAGGAUGAUAUCCAUGCACAACUACCCGAUCAAAAACAGCUUCAAAGGGAAACUGGAAAACUGGGAACUUCUAAACGCGAAAGUGUUGAGAAGUCCAAAAAUACGGUGCGAGUUGACGAGAGAGGAGAUGAGCGCGGUCGCACGAAGCGAGAAGGACGCGGCGGAGAGAGUUUUGUUGAAGAUUAAAACCGCCGUGGAGGAUGAUUUUAUGUCUCUCGACCACCCGGACGAAAGAGACGGAGACCGAGAAGAAGAAGAAGAAGAAGAAGAAGAACAAGAACAAGAACAAGAACAAAAUACGCACAAGCAAAGGCUCGCGCAGUCAUCCGCAAACGACGAGAAGAACGACGACGAAAAAGAAAAAGAAGACAAAGAAGAAACCAAAACGACGACGACGACGACGAAGCUCCUCUCUCUAAAGGAAGCGACGAUAAAGGAAGAAGAAGAAGAAAAAAACCAUCCUCGAAAAUCAUCUUUGUUGUCGUCGUCGGUAAUAAAGGAGAAAGACGAAGCGAUAUCUCGUUUGACCGUCAAAGUCGACGCGUUGACCGCCAAGUGCGCCAAGCUCGAACAGUUGCUCGAACUGACGAAAAGGAAAGCAAUACUGUGA